UUCUUGCAAAAAAUAUUUUUUAUUUUCUAUGUUAAUCUAAAUUUAUUUUGUUUGUUGAAAACUUCAACUUAGAUUUGCGUUUCGCGAAAAUUAUGUAUGAUGCAACUUAUAAACAGGUUCAGCAAAGUCAAUCUUCGUGAUAAACGAUAAAGAAAAGAUAACACAUAAGAUGUACAAAUCAAAUUUAUAAUAGUAUUGGUUGGUUUUUUUCAAUCAAAAUUUUUAUAUUUUAAUUAUAAUAUAGACUCAAAACCGAUUUAUAUACAACAAAUUAAAUAGAAGAACCAUAAGAUCACAACAAGGUCUUGGUGCUGAAAUAUUUCAUAUGUGACUUUUACAUUUUUCCAUUUAUUCAAACUGCGCGCCGUUACUUUCGGUUUUCAACACAGCUUGAAAUGAAUUAGAACAGUAUUAUCACAGAAUUAAAUUGAAAAUUAAUUUAAUAUUACCGAUGCUAACUAGCAUUUCCAAAAUCCUCCCAUUCCAGAGAAAGUAAAAAAAUCUGUUGUGAAAACUCUUAUUUUAAUAUCAUAAAGAUGAAGUAACUUUCUAUUAUAUAUUUUUUUAAACAAAAUUAUAAAAAUUUUAAUUCAUUUAAUUUAAUUCUAUGGCAAUUAAUAAAAAAUUAGAAGACAACUCUGUUUUGUCUAUUGAUUAAUUAUCUUAUUUUGUUGAAUAAUGCAUAUUUAAACUCUCGCAUUCACUGAUGAGACACAAUGUUUAUUUAUACACUUAUCACACCUGCCAUUAAAAAAAACAGUAUCAUAUUUUAUUACCUUAUUACGGAAGAUCGAGUUACACUUAUAAUUCAGUUGUUAAUGCGGAGAUCUUCUCACUAACACUGUAGGCUCACUUAUAGCAGAAGAAGAUUAUCGCAAAUCCAUUUAUGUUCUCUCCCCCUUCUUCUUACCGAUGAUUCUCGAAGUAUUCUUUUUCGCUCUUACACAUAUUAGCGAUCUUUCUUUGUUAUCCAUCACAGUUUAGACUUGUUCUUAUCGCUCACAAUUCUCUUCAAUACAUGAUCGGGUUCUACCGUUGACAAACUUGAUACCACGAUACGGUUCUUCAAUAGAUCAGAUUAUUAUACGGUACAUGGAAGCGAUGCUCUCUUUGCCGCACAGGAAAUAUUUAAAACAACGUCAGUUUGUAAAAUGAUUGGAGCUGAGCCGCACAAAACGGAAGGAGUUAUUCUCAACAAAAGUCAUUUCGAGACAUUUGUGCGCGAUUUAUUAUUAGUAAAGCAAUACAGAGUUGAAGUUUAUGUCAAUCAAGGCUCGUCUAAAAAUCAGAACUGGAUCUUGGAGUACAAAGGUUCGCCUGGCAAUCUGUCUCAUUUCGAAGAUAUCUUAUUCGGCAAUAAUGAUGUAGCUGUGGGUGUAUCCGUAAUAGCUGUGAAACUGGGCACUGAAGGAAAGUCCAGAGUCGUCGGCUUAAGUUAUGUGGAUGUUGUUUCAACAUUAAUUUCAGUUACCGAAUUUCAAGAUAACGAAUCAUUUUCGAAUCUAGAAGCGCUUAUUGUAACUCUUGCUCCAAAAGAAUGUUUGUUAAUUCAGGGAGAAGGCAGUUAUGAAUUUCAAACUCUCAAACAACUAAUAGAAAGAAGUAACGUGAUGGUUACUUUACGAAAAAAAACUGAAUUUGCCAGUGAUUCGAUUAUAGAUGAUCUGAAUACAUUAAUAAAAUUUAAAAAAGGACAAAAACAAAAUGCACAAUCAUUACCUGAAGUGAACUUAAAUUUGGCUAUGUCUGCAACAUCUGCUCUCAUUAAAUAUUUAGAUUUAACAUCAGACGAAGGUCAUCUGAAUCAAUUUAAACUGAAUCAAAUCGAACAAUCGCGAUACAUAAGAUUGGAUUCUGCGGCAAUAAGAGCUCUUAACAUCGAACCACAAGCUGAUGCAAUUUCUAACUUACAUGGAAAUCCAGUGUCCAGUAUUUUAACAUUAUUAGAUAAAUGUAGAACUGCGCAGGGACACCGAUUGAUUGCGCAAUGGGUUCGACAGCCUCUUAGAGAUUUAUCUCUAAUAAAGGAGCGACAUGAUAUCGUUGAGCUGUUAGUACAAAAUAAUGAACUAAGAUCCAUUCUUAGUGAUGACUACUUAAAACGUAUACCGGAUCUGCAACAACUCGCGAAGAAACUGGCUAGGAAGAAGUCGGUAUUGCAAGAUUGUUACAAAAUCUACUUGUGUGUAUCAUAUUUGCCAAAAUUAUUGGAACAGCUUUCGCAAGAAGAAAAUGUGACAGCAUUGAAAACAAUGAUAAUAGAUCCAUUAAAGGAACUUGUAAAUGAUAUGGAUAAAUUUCAACAGCUAGUAGAACAGACAAUUGAUUUAGAUGCUGCUGAAAAGGGGGAGUUUAUGGUCAAUCCAGGAUUUGCGGAUGAUUUAAAAGUAUUAAAAGAUGCAAUGACUGAAACGGAGGAAACCAUACAGCAACAACUCAAUAAGGCAGCAAAUGAUCUUUGCUUAGAAGCAGGAAAAGUAAUAAAGCUAGAAAAUAAUCAACAAUUCGGCUAUUAUUUUCGUAUCACGUUAAAGGAAGAGAAAAUACUUAGGAACAAAAAGCAUUACACCAUUCUGGAUUCUAAUAAAGCUGGUAUAAGAUUCCGAAACAAUAGAUUAAAUGAAUUGAAUGAUGAUUUUACAGAUGCCAGAAAUAAAUACAUGGAGAGACAGAAAGAUGUUAUUACAGAAAUUGUAGGAAUUGCAGCUGGCUACAGUGGAACAGUGCGUGCUAUCGGUGACGUACUAGCAUGCUUCGACGUUCUCACUUCAUUUGCUUCUGCAGCAAUAAGUGCUAAUAAGAUGUAUGUGCGCCCCAAGAUGGUCUCAAGCGAAGAAGGUGAACUAAAUCUCACUCAAGUUAGACAUCCAUGUUUGGAGAUGCAACAAGGGGUUGACUAUAUUGCUAAUGAUAUUGAUUUUAAGAGAGAUCAGUACCGUUUCUGCAUUAUUACUGGUCCUAACAUGGGAGGUAAAAGUACUUAUAUUAGAUCUGUUGGCGUAGCUGCAUUAAUGGCUCAUAUUGGCAGUUUUGUACCUUGUGAUAAAGCAACUAUAUCUUUACUGGAUUGCAUAUUAACUCGAGUAGGAGCUGAUGAUUCUCAAUUAAAAGGAUUGUCAACUUUCAUGAUGGAAAUGAUAGAAAUUGCUGCUAUUUUAAAAACAGCUACAUGUAAUUCUCUUGUAAUAAUCGAUGAACUAGGUAGAGGUACGUCUACUUACGAAGGUUGUGGUAUAGCGUGGUCAAUAGCAGAGCAUUUGGCGAGAGAUAUUAAAUCAUACUGUCUAUUUGCUACGCACUUCCAUGAAAUUACCAAGUUAGCCGAAGAAAUACCCACUGUAAAGAAUCAACAUGUUACUGCUCUUGUCGAGGACGAUAAAUUGACAUUACUAUACCAAGUAAAGCCAGGCAUUUGCGAUCAAAGUUUUGGACUUCAUGUUGCUAAGAUGGCUAAUUUUCCAUUAGAUGUAAUAGAAUUCGCUAAAAGAAAACAAGCCGAACUUGAGAACUAUGAGGGUAUAGCAUUUGAAGGAUCUGAUAACCCCCAGAAGAAACGGAAGAUUAUUCAGGAAGGUGAAAUUCUCAUUUCGCAAUUUCUCACAAAAUGUAAAGAUUUAGACCAGUCUUUACCCGAUACCGCCUUAGAAAGUCAGGUAUCAUCGUUGAAAGAAGACAUUCUCUCCCACAAGAAUCCUUACAUUGAAGCAUUACUCGCUGCUUCCUAAAUCGGGAAUUAUAUAUCACAUUAUUAACAUAUAAAGUUAAAGAAUAUGCAAGAUUUUUUUUGUUAUAGCUGCGAGACAAUAGUUCUGAAGUUUUUAAUGUUGUUACAUAAGAAUGAAAUUCUAUUUCUCAAUUUCUUACGAAAUGCAAAGCAUUGAAUCAAUCUUUAUCCGAUAUUGAUUUAGAAAUAAUCUGCGCUAUUGUUGAAGGAAAACAACAUUCUAUUCCUACAAGAAUCCUUACAUCAAAGUUUUACUCGUUUCUUUAAUCGAGAAUUUUUUUUACCAUAAUGCAGAUAUAAGAAAAUGAUUCAAACCAGCAGUAUUAUUUUUAUAUAAGUAUCUUUACACACUAAUUGAAUCAAA